UUGCUUUUUCGUCUCCGAAGCCACACGCCGGAAGUGAGCCUCGCCGGAGGGGGCGCCCAAUGAACGGCCCGUCACGGGUCCGGAGAAGAUGGUGGGCGCGGGCAGCGGCGCUGGCCUGGGCGGCCUCUUGGAGAAUGCGAACCCGCUCAUCUACCAACGGUCCGGGGAGCGACCUGUCACCGCGGGCGAGGAAGACGACCAAGUCCCCGACAGCAUCGACGACCGGGAGAUCUUUGACCUGAUCCGGUCCAUCAAUGACCCCGAGCACCCGCUCACCUUGGAGGAGCUGAAUGUGGUGGAGCAAGUCCGGGUGAAAGUUAAUGACAGGGAAAGCACAGUGGCUGUGGAAUUUACUCCCACAAUCCCUCACUGCAGUAUGGCUACGUUAAUCGGCCUGUCCAUCAAAGUCAAGCUGCUCCGCUCCCUGCCUGAAAGGUUCAAGAUGGAUGUUCACAUUACCCCUGGGACACAUGCCUCAGAACACGCUGUAAACAAACAACUCGCCGACAAGGAGCGUGUGGCAGCAGCUUUGGAGAAUUCCCAUCUACUGGAAGUUGUGAACCAGUGUCUGUCAGCUCGUUCCUAGCUCACUUAGGAGAGGAGUCACCUCCAGGGGAUCCUGCAGCUCUCACCUGCCCAUAGGAGUCCUUUCUGCCUUUCCACCUCCCCCCAUUUGUCAUUCACGCCCCCUUGUUUGUCUGUAUGUGGGAGAUGCUGCGGCCGUUUGGCAAAUGGCUGUCCAGGUGGGCACAAGGGGAUACCAGUAAAUGCAUUGUGCCACUGAAGAGGACACUGGAGAUAUUUUAAUAAACCCUUAAUUUAUACUUCACAGUCACAAAAA